CCGAAAGUUUGAGCAUGACAGCGACGAGGACGCCUCACCCGGCGGUGUGCGUGGGUCUACAGGAGCGUCUGCCCGCCUUCAUGGACGCGAUGAACGACUUUCAGUACAUCCAGGCGAAAGAGUUGAUUCCGUCGGAACUGGGCGACGUGCACGAGUGGAAGCGCAUUGCCAAGUUGUUGCAUUUCUGGGCCGAUUGCGACAGCACGUAUCAUAAGACGACAUUCAUCAACAAAGCACAGGAUGACUCGACGAACCCGCUGGCCCGACUGUACGCCGAACUGGCCAAGCUGAGCACAUCGGAGCUGCUCUUCGUCCACCAGAACCACAAGGGGAACGCCGACGUGGACCGGUUUGGCCGCGUCAAGACCCCCAAGGCGCGACAGUCGAUAGACGCGCCAUCGUUCGAUCUGACCUUGCAACUUCAAGCCCACGACCUGACCGCCUUCCUCCAGCAAUGCAGCGUGCUCUUCGAGCACCGCCAGGCCGCGGUGUCGCUGUACGUGGCCUUGAUGCGCGACCGGAUAUGCGGGCACCACCUUGUCGACUUUUACGAGCAAUUCGACACUGUUGCCGCCAUCAUUCAACACUUGAAUACGCUGAGCCAUCCCUUGCUCACGGCGAUUCGAGACAUGGCGUUGCUCGAAGUGGGUGCCGUGCGUGCCGCGAUCGAGUGUGAGAUGGCUAUCUCCGAUUUCGAGUACAUCAAAGCCAUCACGACGCUGCAUCGCCUCAAGCGUUGCAUGCAUGAAUGGAGCGACGGCUUGAAUGCAAUCGACGACGACGACGACAAUCACAUGAUGGGGAGCAGCAGCGCCUCGUCGCCGCGUCUGUCGGAUGACAAGCCCAGAAAGAUCACCCCACUGAAGGCCAAGAAGGGGACGGCGGGCGACUCGCCAGGCUAUUCCAGCGCUCACUCGAUGUCGUCCAUUCGAAUGUCACUCGACCUCUUGCCGACAACUACCACCCACGACGACGACGACGACGACACUGGCAUAAUUGUGCUGCCGCGGUUCUGCUGGGCUCGCCGCUGGCAGCAGUCGUUGGUUCGUAAAUUCAGCCUCUACUUUUACAAGUGGCUCUACCCGUUUGACCACCCGCCGCAACAUCACCUGAACAUGACCUUCAAGUCGUCGUCGUCGUCGUUGCGCUCGUCUCCCGUACUGGACAUCCUCGAGCCGUUCUUUUCCAAGCAUUUUAAAGAACAAGAUGUAGCCACCAUGACGAUCAUAAUUAACACCGACAGCCUGCCACACAAUGGCGCGACCUUCCACUGCCACGGGUACCUCUGCCCCGCGCACGUCGAGAAGCCGGACCCGUCGGUCGCGGUCAAGCAGCACAUCCGGGCAGCCAACAAAACGUACUUUGGCCAAGUGAGUCGCUAUGAUGAAGACGUGAACGGCGAGUUUGCUGCGCCGUGGGGCGUGGGCACGUGGCCGGCAGGUGUAACCGAUUGAAGGAUGAUGUGCAUGCAUUCAUUCACCUCGAUGGAACGAUCUCAUGGUUAUUACAUCGUCUAGUGUUUAGCUACCCCAAGCCGGAGCUCGACACGUCGCUAAUUCUGAAACACUGGCCCAACCUGAUCAUGCUGCUCACGAAUCUACCGCCAUGGGACGAGCACGACGGCGCCAAGCUGCACCACUCCAAGCCAAUGUACUACAUAUAUAUUUAUAGUUUUGGAGGGUGAUUUAUUAUGCGAUGGCUGUAGCACCAUCCACCACGAAAAACAAAUGGCCACGACGUAUGCGGUGGCUCGCAUUGAUCCGAACGUGUAUUUGGCGUUUCUGUGUGAAAAGCGAAAGCAAAAUGUCACGGAGAAACUGCUGACGGACACGAUGGCCGCCGUGACCGCUUGCCUUCAGCAUGCCACUGUCCUCUAAGGAAAUCAGCUCGUUCGAGUGUAAACAAGUCAGACCAUACAGCAGGGUUACGUGAGAUUUGUCGGCUGAACUAUCGCAAUGAUGCCACUACAAUGUAGAUUUCGCCUCUAACGUUAGUAUUAAUAGUAGUACCAUAUUGCCAGA